UAAUUUUGAAUCAUUUGACAGAUUUCCAUGUGACUUUAGUAACGUCGGUACACCGCAGAUUGGAAGGAAAAAACUAAAAGUAAAUUAUCAAAUUACAGAACUUGCAUUGAAAUACACGGCACGAAAAUUAUCUGGAACGUAGUCUUUGAACAGUGUUUUUAACUUUUAUAAUUAUUGAAUUUGUCAUACUGCAUCUCGUGAACAUAAUAUUAUUUUCCGGUUUUUGUGGCCCCCGACUCGAGAAAUUUUAAAUCGAUUUCUUGAAGCGUUGGAUGUUCAUGAUAGAAACACCUACCACCGCUACCACUAUUGAAUUUUUAUUUUGACUCAAAAGAAUGAUAAAAAAUUAAAUGUUAUUAGUGACACGUAAUGGUAACAUAAAGUGAUAACUUGAUAAAAAUUUGGCUAAAGUUAGUUGAGUCAUCUUAUUUUCGGCAUUAGUGAGGAUUUUUUACUUUAAAUUCUGGAACUUAGAAAUAUUUCAAGCACCUCAAUAUGGAACCAGAAAUUCUCAAGUUGUGGAACAAAGUAUUAUCUGAAAAUAUCAGUGAGAUAUUUCGUUGCAAAUUUUCCACGUUCUUUGCAUUCGAUCAUGCAAAUUUCAGAAGAUUCACAAACAAUAUUAACUUAAUGACAAUACAUGAUAAACUUAAACAACAAAUGUAAUAAAUUAAAACUUUUUUCAACAUAUUCCACGCCAAGGUAAUAAGAUAAACCUGUUUACUAAAAUAAAUAAUGUGCCGUAAAAUUUUCAUGUACACGUUCAGAAUUUAGAUAAACUCAAAUUGUCAUUACUGUGUUAAUAAACAUCAAGUAAUUUUUGUGAUUAAAUAUUUGGUACUUAACAUUCAGCUCGUCCCAUUAUUCGGUAGUAUCUAGUAUUGCUUUAAACGUUUAUCCAAUAAGUUUAUUUGAAAUAAUGUACAUAUUUUUACUUAUUACAAUUCUUUUUACGGUUUUAACAAACGUCACAAGCAAUAUUAGUGAAUCAUGGUCAACGUAUGAAUAAGAUAUUAGAACGUGACGGAUAUAAUGGGGAAACUCAUAAUAUUACAACUGAAGACGGAUUUAUCCUGAGCUUACAUCGAAUUCUAGGAAAAGUUAAUUCGACUCCGGUAUUGUUGAUGCAUGGGCUCCUUUGUGAUUCUACUAUAUGGAUUAUUUUAGGAAAAAAUGUCACUAGAUUUAAUCUGCAUUUAUUCGCAUAUUUGUUAGCCGACAAAGGGUACGAUGUUUGGCUAGGAAAUUCCAGAGGAAGUAACUAUGGGAUAUCUCAUGUUAAAACAACUAAAGAUUUCAAA